UUGAUUUGGCCGAAGCCUCCAAAAGCAAUGUCCUCGUGAUCUGCGACCGCGGGAUCAUGGAUGCGGCCGCCUAUAUGUCCAGAGAGUCGUGGGAACGGGUGCUCAAAGCCAACGGCUGGAACGCUGUCGAGCUCAGAGACAAUCGAUACAAUCAAGUGAUUCAUUUGAUUACUGCCGCCAACGGAGCCGAGCCUUACUAUAACAUUGAGGACAACCCGUGCCGUACGGAGGGCUUGGAUGAGGCGCGCCGUCUCGAUAAGGGCACGAUCGAGGCCUGGGUCGGCCACCCGUACAUCGAUGUCAUCGACAACUCCACCGAUUUCGACACCAAGUUGAAGCGCAUGAUAGCCAACGUGUGCCGACGCAUAGGCAUCGACGCGGGCGACCGCUUGGCGCCGACGAGUCGUAAAUUCAAAUUCCUGGUCCAGACAAUGCCCGCCGACUCCCUGUUCCCGUCCUUCCAAGACUUCGAAGUGGUUCACGACUACCUCACCUCUACUAACCCUAAAAUACAAUCUCGUCUACGAAAACGCGGACAAAAUGGCAAAUGGAGUUAUCAACACACCGUCCGUCGCAGUGAUGCCGGAGAUAAAGCGGUGGAACUGAGGCGACAGAUCACUCACAGAGAUUAUAUC